AUGCCUGCCGGUACCGGAAUCACCGAGGUCUCGGGCGUCAAGCGCGCCGAUGUCCACAAGCAGGUCAAGCAGCUAAUCCACGACAUGGUCAACAUCAACGACACGACGGGCGAGUUCCUCAUGACGCUCGAGGACGGCCGUGUCAUCGACACCAAGGGCUGGGAGGACUGGGAGUGGACCCACGGCAUCGGCCUGUACGGCAUCUGGAAGUACUACGAGCUCAACGGCGACCCGGCCGACCUGAAGAUCAUCGAGGACUGGUUCAAGAACCGCUUCGCCGAGGGCCACAAGGGCAAGAACAUCAACACCAUGGCCGUCUUCCUCACCCUUGCCUACGUCUACGAGAAGACGGGCAACGAGACCUACCUGCCCUGGCUCGACAGUUGGGCCGAGUGGGCCUACCACGACCUCCCCCGCACAAAGUACGGCGGCAUGCAGCACAUCACCUACCUCGAGGUCAACGACCAGCAGCUCUGGGACGACACCCUCAUGAUGACCGUCCUGCCCCUCGCCAAGAUCGGCCUCGUCCUCAACCGGCCCCACUACGUCGAGGAGGCCAAGCGCCAGUUCCUCAUCCACCUGCAGUACCUCUUCGACGCCCCCUCCGGCCUCUUCUUCCACGGCUGGACCUUCCACGAGGGCGGCCACAACUUCGCCCGCGCCCGCUGGGCCCGCGGCAACAGCUGGCUGACCAUCGUCAUCCCCGAGUUCAUCGAGCUGCUCGACCUCGCGCCCCAAGACUCGCUGCGCUCCCACCUCGUCAACACCCUCGAGGCCCAGUGCGCCGCCCUCGUGCCCCUGCAGGUCGACAGCGGCCUGUGGCGCACCCUGCUCGACGUCCCCGAGGACGAGGGCUCCUACGUCGAGGCCAGCGCCACCGCCGGCUUCGCCUACGGCAUUCUCAAGGCCCAGCGCAAGAGGUACAUCGGCAAGGAGUACGAGCCCGUCGCCGUCAAGGCCGUCAAGGCCGUCCUCGACAACAUCAGCCCCGAGGGCGAGCUGCUCCACACCUCCUUCGGCACCGGCAUGGGCCACGACCUGCAGCACUACAAGGACAUCCCCCAGACGAGCAUGCCAUACGGCCAGGCCAUGGCCAUGAUGGCCCUCGUCGAGUUCCUGCGCGUCUUUGUAUAA